AUUUGUAACCGUGUGUAAUUGCGAAGUGAAUUCGCUCCGGGAAAUUAGGUUCGAUUUAAAAUCGUAUAUUUUGCACAUAAAAUAAAAAUUUACUAAUUGGAUAUUUAGAUCAUUUUCUAAAUUAUUAUCCUUACCUUCAAUGAUAAAGCAAUUUUACGUGAACGUGUUGCGCAAUUCACUGACCAUGACAUAGAGUUGAGAAUAUUAUUUUAGUGUAAUCAAAACAUUGCAAUGGUUUUCGAAUCUAUUGUCGUAGAUGUUCUAAACAGGUUCCUCGGGGACUAUGUGGAAAAUCUAAAUAGAUCUCAACUAAAAUUAGGAAUAUGGGGUGGCGAUGUGGUGCUGGAAAAUUUGAUACUAAAGCAAAACGCUUUAGAAGAACUAAAUAUUCCAGUUCAAACAGUCUAUGGUCAUUUAGGGAAGCUGGUGCUCAAAAUACCAUGGAAAAAUUUAUAUGGUGCUUCUGUGGAAGCUACUAUUGAAAGAUUAUUUCUUAUUGUAAAUCCCAAUGCUGAAAUCAAAUAUGACCCAGAAAAGGAAGAAAAGAUUGCCCUGGCGGCUAAACAAGCUGAACUUGCAAGAGUUGAGGAGGCCAAAAAAAAGGAAGCAGAGAAAGAUGAGAACAAACUGGAUGAGACAUUUGUUGAGAAACUUGUCACUCAAAUAAUUAAAAAUGUACAGCUGAAAAUAUCGGAUAUACAUAUUCGUUAUGAAGACAGCAUAACUAAUCCAAAAGCACCAUUUUCCUUUGGAAUUACACUGCACAACUUGUCUGUUCACACAACAGAUGAAAAUUGGAAGCAAACUGUCAUACAGGAGGCUGUUACAAAAAUAUUCAAAGUAUUAAAUUUAGAGGGUUUAGCAAUUUAUUGGAACCCAACAACUGAGCUGUAUUCUAAGACCAGCCCGCAGGAAAUAAAAAGUAGAUUAGAAAAGGAAAUAGCAACGAAAACAUCAAAACCAGGGGAUUAUUUAUAUGCCUUGGCACCAAUAAACGCGACCGCAAAAUUAAAAUUAAAUCCCAAACCAGAAGGAGAUACUCCGAAAUUUAACAUUCCUAAAGUGAUUUUGAGUUUGCACAUGGAACAGCUGGCUGUGAAUCUGAGUAAAGCACAAUAUCAGGAUAUGAUGCUGUUAGCAGAUUCUAUGGAUCGUAUGAGCAAAGGCGCUCCUUACAGAAAAUACCGCCCAGACCUCAAACAGUACAAGGGUCACUAUAAAGAAUGGUGGCAAUUUGCAUACAAAUGCAUCUUGGAAGAGGAAGUGUUACGCAGACGUAAAAACUGGGAUUGGAAACACAUGUUGGAGCAUCGUCAGCUCUGUAAAGACUAUGCAAAUGCUUACCAGAACAAGUUGACCUGUCGCGGAAAAGUCUCUACGGAACACCAAUGCGUGCUGGACGAAGCCGAGAAGACCUUGGAUCUCUUUAAUCUGGUUGUUAUCAGGCAACAGAUAGAGUUAGAGGUUGAAAGAUUGGGAAAACUAGAAGCUGAAGCUAAAAAGUCUCGGGGCUGGUUUAGUGGCUGGUGGGGCGGUGGAAGCUCCAAAGAUGACGAAAUGUCUGAAGGCGUGGCUAUAAUGAAGCAAUUCGAAAAAGCGAUGACGUCUGACGAAAAGGAAAAGUUGUUUAGAGCGAUUGAUUACCAAGAAAAUUCGGCGCCACUUCAUUUGCCCAUAGAGUAUGUCGCCGUAGAGGGACAUUUUAAACUUGACAAGUUGCAAGUGGCCGUCCAUGACGUGUCUGAAGUACUUCGUGCCUGUGUUGAAAAUGUUGAACUGGACAUGAUGCAAAGGCCCAGUGCUAAUGCGUUACGAGUCGACGUGCGUAUGAAAGCUUUCACCGUAUCGGGUGUACGUCAAGGCGAAUUCCUACCGCAACUCGUCACUUCGAAGGAAAUAGAGAAAGAUGUUAAUCUACUUAAUGUACUUUUUGAAACUAAUCCAUUAGAUGGGAAAUGUGAUCAGCGCGUUCAAGUACGGGCGCGCCCGUUACAAAUGGUGUACGACGCACAGACCGUUAUUGAAAUUGUUAACGUGUUUAAGCCGCCUUCAGAGUCCACCGCAUUGACUACUUUGCAAGCGGCUGCUGAAAACAAGUUGUCGGACUUGAAAGAGAAGUCCGCGUUGGGCAUGCAGUACGCGGUACAUCAGCACACGUUUAUUGAUCUUGAUAUUGAUGUGGCCUCUUCUUACAUUGUUGUACCCCAGACUGGGAUGUAUAAGGGUGGUGAAGCAGUGGUGGUAGUGAAACUAGGUGCCAUAAGUGUAAAGAGCGAUCCACGAGCCCCUCAGCUGGAUGUUCAUCAAUUGUAUCGGUCCGGACUGCAAGAUGAAGACAUAUUAGCUCAGAUUACCGCGCAUAGCUAUGACAAGAUGGCUUUGAGGCUCACUGAAAUGCAGGUUGUCAUCGCAUCUCCAAAUGAAGAUUGGCAAUCCGCGAUCGCCUCAAACGAAGCAACAUACUUACAUCUUCUACAACCAACCAAUUUGGUCAUACAAAUACAUAAAUGCCUUAUAACUGAUGAUCCGAGGAUGCCUAAGAUAAAAAUAAAGGGGGAGUUACAGAAAAUCGCUGUUAGCGUAUCGGAAGAUAGAUUAUUAACUCUAUGUGAAAUAUUGGUUGGGAUGCCUUUGCCCCGUUCUGAUGAAACGACACAACUAAAGAUAAUUUGCUACAAAUUUGCGUACACUAUGACGGGCCGUGUUAUUGAGUCCCAAAUUGUUACACAAGGAAGCGGUGCUCCGGCAAGUGAAUCUAAAGCGUCUAGUUUGUCACUCUUGAGAUAUUUGGACCCGGCUGAGAAGCAAAAGCGUGAUACUGCGAGAUCGAAACAAAGGAAAAAUGAAGAACAUACGGUCCAGCUUACUGAACUCGAAGCGUUCUUCAUUAUGAAAGAAUUAGUCCUAAGCGUGAACCGCAAAACGAAGGACCCUCAAGUAUACGACAAGUUCCUAGUAUUCUCAUUGAAUUUAUUGGAAAUUAAAGCCACGCAGAAGACAUUUACCCUCGAAGCAGCAGUGAGACUCGGUUCAGUGGAUAUGCAACAUCAUAGAAGUGGACACAAGACCAUAUCGAUGAUAACCACCACCACAGAUUUCCAAGAACAUGAUAAUAUUGAAGAGCAGUACUUAUUCGCUGUUACGUAUACUAACGUUGACAAGAAAUGCCCUGAAUUCAGGAGUCACUAUGGUUCUGUGGAACAAUUAAUCGAAUUAGACUUUACAGCGUUAGAACUAUUGCUACACUUGCAGGGUUUACAAGAGAUUCUUGUGAUUAUUAAUAAUUAUCAGACUCGUCUCAAUGCAAUUCAAAGUACGGUAGACCGAUACGCCAAUGCUGGUCCGUUGGAGACGAUUAUGGAAGAUGAAGAGUUGCUGUCCAUUGUCAAGUCUAAAGCGAGUGUAUCAAAAGUGCCGCGUCGCAAACAAGUGGAAAGUAUACAGUUGAAAGUGAACGUUAAGAUCGGGUCGGUAGAGAUCAAAUUCGCAAAUGACAUUCGACCAUUAUCAUUGCUGAAGUUGCAAGGGGCCACGGCGGGAUUAGUACUGAAAGCGUCGUAUACGCAGGUCGAUUGUGCGAUUUCCUCUAUCAAAGUCGAGGAUUUGAAUCCAGCUACUAUUCACAAAGAGAUAUUGAAAGUCCUCGGCGGUGAUGUGAUGAAUGUACAAAUAGUGUUGUAUAAUAUCGAUCAAUUCCCGAGUGUUAGUGACAUCAACAUGUCGAUAGACGCGCAGAUCAACUGCCUUAGGAUUGUCUUUCUAAACUGGUUCCUGACUUCUAUGUUGGAAUUUUUGAACAAUUUCCAAGCAGCCCAGGAAGCUAUAAUUGAGGCGUCAUCUCAGGCCGCUGAAGUCGCGAGAGCCAAUGUUCAAAAUGCAUAUCAGAACUCAACUAAACUGGCUCUCAAAUUGAGAUUGGCGGCCCCAAUUAUCCUAGUGCCGGAGAACUCGACUAGCAUGAACGCCAUCAUGCUAGAUUUUGGACGCAUGACUAUUAAUAAUAAGUUCGUCGAUCUGCCACUUGCUGACGUAAGCAAUAAAGUGACUGUGGACGAAUUGACCCUUGAGCUGGAAGAGGUGAAAGUAUCGUGCGUGCAGCUCAAUGAAAAUAACUCGGACGUAUCUCACGAACGUAAGCUGUUGCGGCCGACCAGCUUCAAGCUGUUAGUCAAACGCAGCCUUUCGAGCUGGUACGAGCCAUUGCCCGAUCUGGAUGUCUCUGGGAGGAUGAAGACUAUUGCUAUAACAGUUGGUCACAGUGAUUACAAGAGUAUAAUGAAGAUUCUCAACCAAAAUCUACAAGAAGGACAAAUUAAAUGUGAGGAAGCUAAACCACAAAAUGUGGGAAAAGUGACUUCUAAGCCUGCAGUGAAAAGCCAGUCGAGUAGAACGACACGGUCCACUGUGGCUGUCGUUACUCAGAAAGAGUCGAAAAAACCACGAACAACGAUCAAAUUUUCCUUUACUAUGGACAGUUUUGUCAUUGAUCUCAUGAACACAGUUGUGUCAGAAGAAUUACAGUUCAUAAAAGAUGUGGAGUUGGCCCGGUUUUGUCUCGCGUUACUCUCAGUUAAAGGGCGUAUGUUCUCCGACGGGUCCCUGCACACUUCUGUGUUGCUUGUUGACUGCACAUUGGACGAUACGAGGCCAGGCAGAGGAGCUAAGAUAACUAGAUAUUUAGAGAGACGUCGCGACAGAGCAGACGUGUUCGAUCAGAGUGUAACACAACAGGGAAAUAUUAUGGAGGCGCAUGACAAGAUUCGUAGUAUGAUCGAUAUUACGUAUACUAUGAAAAACUCUGAUACAUUCAUCGACAUGAGAAUAUUCAGUUUCAACUUGAUUCUGGCCAUGGAUUUCCUGAAAAAGAUCGCGGAAUUUAUGACGAGUGGCCUCGCUGAAGAUACGCCGACUGUCAAUGCUAAGGACGAUGUCAAAUUAACCAAACCUACUGCAGAUAAAUUGGAGAGCGGGAUCAAAAAGAAAGUGUCAGUGUCUUCUGCGCCUGCGUUGUCAGACCAAGGUACGAAGCCAGCUAUGAUGACUGUCAAUGUAAAGAUAGAGCAACCUGACAUCAUUCUCGUGGAGUCCUUGGAGCAGAAGAAAUGUGAUGCUCUGGUUUUGAACAUGGAAGCAAAGUUCAAGCUACGCAAAACAGAAGACCAUAUGGUAGCAGACGGAGGUAUAUCCGGUUUGCAAAUGGUUGUACGUACUUUGGGUCGUACGAACACGCCCAGGUACUUGUUGGCGCCAGCUCAUCUCUCUUUGGCAUUGUCUCAGCCACCGGAUAGCGGAAUGCAUGUGGAUGUGGCACUUACGGAUAUUAAGAUUACUGUUUCUCCAGAAAUGAUUGCUCUGUUGAAUCGAGUGCUAGCGACAAUGACAAGUAGCGAAGAAGACGACGUCGAACAAGACAACAAGCCAAUAUUCUAUGACAAGUUGUGGGACAUACAACCGUUCAAAAACUCUUCAUAUUGGUUCCUUAAAACUGAAGAGGCGGUAGAAGCAAUAAGCUUAGAAAACAACUCGGUGACAUCCCUCAGGAAACCUCCCGAGGGUGAAAUAUGUCUGUUAUCGAGUCCCUCCAUAGUCGUGGCCUUAGAAAUGGAGAUCGGUAACGAAACAAUACCAGUAUUGGUCAUGCAAUCUUCACUUACCGGACAAGUCAAGGAUUGGAGCUCUGAUUUCUACAUGGAGUGCACGUGGGCAAUGCAAGUGUCGUACUACAACAUAGGGCGUGCUAUGUGGGAGCCUUUGGUAGAACCAGUCGAAGUACUCAAGGACUAUCAAUAUCGACACGUUCCCUGGGAGCUUAAAAUGGAGGUAGUGAUGCGUCCUGAUGAGCCUCAAUCGACAAUAGACACGACAGACGAAGCCGCCAACAUCGCCGCGGCUGCCCAAAGACAAGCGAAUAUGACUGUCUCACUUUCCAGUAGCGAACCACUUGAGAUAACUAUCACUAGGAGUGGCAUUGAGGUGCUCACCCAACUUGGGAAUUCCUUCUCUACCGCCAUUGCAGAGACAACACUCGAUACGACAUUGGUAUCAAAAUCUAAACAAGAGAACACUUCAGAAAAACAGUACCUGGGUGCACCUUACGUUCUUCACAACUGUACGGGCCUCACUACAAAGUUGAUCUUGCAUAACAACCAUGAUUUUGCUGUAUUUCUCACUGAUGAAUACAAGAGUUCUGACUACAGGGAAGUAGUGUUGGAGCCGGGGGCGUGUCUGCCAUUGCAGUUAAAGCAGGGUGGGAUAAAUAUUAUGAAGCUUAAUGAACCACCCCCACAGCUAAAGCUGAACUUUAAGAUAGUGGAGUUAAACGAAGAUGUCCAAAUACCAGUGGAACGAGCGGACAAGCGUUAUUUCCCGUUGGGUCGAAAGUCCUCUGGGGAAAGCAGGGCCAAGAACGUGCCUCAUGCUGCAGCCAUGGAGCCACGAGGGCUCAUCAGUGACGUCGUCAUGCAAGACGCCGCCUUACACAUUUAUCUAAGGAGCGUUGUUCAGGUCACGAAUACAUUAGCUGUACCAGUUUGCGUGUACUACAUGACCUUAAGCGGGAAUGAAGUCCGUCUUUUGGGCGAAGUGAGUGCUGGUGGUACUCUCAGGCUUCCCUUACAAGCCGUGCACACGCCCACAGCAGAGAUAUUCUUUUCUGUCGAAGGUUUUACGGUCUCCGUAUCACCGUUCGUAUGGCGCGAACUACAGCAAGAGCCAAAAAUAUCGAAACUUCUUCAGUGUGACUCGAAAGAUAAGAACAGUGGCGAGAAAUUCUAUUUGAGGGCCGUUGGUACGAUGGAACAAGUUUUCUUUGAACAAACGAACCGUCACACAUUUGCGUCUUCAUGCUACGAUGUUGUUCUGAAACCUGCCGUGAAGCUACAAAACUGUUUGCCCAUCGACAUCGUGGUCUCACAAUUGGGGCUCAAACGAACGCAGCUUUUCAAGCCGGGGGAGAUGUUCCAUUUAUCGCAUUUAGCGCCCAACAGAGCGUCUAUUGUUAUUAUGAUACAAAACUAUCUCGACAAAUGCUGGGUUUGCACAAAGAACUUACCCGAAGAGAGUAGCGAACUCUCCGUUUGGUCCUUCGAAUCACACGACAGUCCCGCGCUCAUGGUCUUGGAACUGGGAAUGCACAGUGUUGACACGGAAGGCACGCAGCUACUAUCACUCUACUGCCCAUUCUGGAUGCUUAAUAAAACUGGAUUUACGCUCUGCUACAGGAUAGAGCAUAGUCGUUGCUGUAAAUUUAUUAGACGCCAUUCUACAUGUUUGCCGAAUAUCGACGAGACAGGCAAUGUUAUCUUCCAUCCGAAAGAUUAUAAGGAGCCGAUACUGUUUUCGUUCCGCGCGAAGAAUUUCUUUGGGAAAAAGAAGGCUGCCAUACGAGUAGAGUUUGGGGAGUGGUCUGAUAAGUUCUCGCUGGAUGUUCCAGGAAGUUCUGGUGUGAUAAUUUGUAAAAACGAAGGUCGCACCUAUCAGGUCGCAGUCACAAAUCAGUUGACAUUCAACAGUUUAACGAAAAUGGUUAUAUUUACACCAUUCUUCCUCAUUCUUAACGAAUGUCCAUUUGCCAUACAAUAUCAAGAGUUACAUCGUUCCGGAGAUGCUUGGAGAGAGGUUGAACAAAAUUCGAGUGCUCCAUUGUGGCCAAUUGUUGAAAAAGAAGAUAAGCUGUUGCUCCUACGAGUUUCGGGAUCAACUGAGCACGCGGCACCAUUUCUGUAUACCGAGCAACACAGUGUCUGUUUAAAAUUGAACAAUCACUACGGUGGUUUGCACGUAGAAGUGCAAAUGAGCGAAGGCGGUACGUACGUAACAGUACGUCAGUAUCGCGAUGGUCACGCACCCGCAUUGCUGGUCAACUAUACAACGCACGCAGUUAACGUAUACGAAAAGGAAAAUGUUAAUACUAGAAAAAUCCCAUCAAUGCAUAGAAUGCUGUACACUUGGGAUAAUCCCGCUGGACCAAGGACAUUAAUAUUUGAGGGACACAAACGAAAGGAAAUAGACAACGAUCUAAGGAAGGACGGAAUCGGUGAUUUUAUGAUUACCGAAACGAAACGCAUAACAUGGGUCUCGUUUUUGGACGGCCUCCAAAGAGUGAUACUCCUGACGGAGGAUCCAAUAUUGGCGAGUGGCGCACAUACGAUUGGUGAAGCUGAACCCGUUCAUACGGAAUUCCAAUUGGCCAUGCACGGAGUUGGUCUGUCGCUCGUCAACGACUACGAACUCACGGAAAUUCUCUAUAUCACCAUAUCGAAUUCGGGUAUCAUAUGGGAGCAAUGUAAAGUCGGUGCACGUAGAUAUAGGAAGAUAGAAGGCCAGAAGUUGGUACAAUACGAGGAAGCCUACCAGAAGUAUAUCACUGAGAAAAUGGUCAGUGACAAAGAUGUCUCCGCCCGAGUGCACAUCGACGACAGUGUUGAGGUGGACUUCGAGGAGAUGCGUAUACUUAAACCAUCCCAGCGUCUCUUACGACGUACUCUCCAACCGGGUUUAUGGGCGAGAUAUGGCGUAACAGCUCAUUCGAGGAGACUCCACGCACGUCUGUACCGUCUGCAAGCUGACCAGCAACUGGCCUUGCCGACUUUCCCAGUGGUGCUUGCACCUGUUCCUCUGCCGAAGUCAGUGGCCAACGAGGAUCCAAGCGGCACGAGACCCUUCAUCGAAGUCUCAAUAGUGGAGCGAAUAAUGGAGCACAGCAAAGUGCGUCAGUACAAGUACUACAAGAUGCUGAUCCAAGAGUUCCACGUAAAGGUGGACAUGGGCUUUAUCAAUGCGCUCAUGGGCAUGUUCCCGCUGAGAUUGCUUACGGAACAGGAAGCUCUGGAUGCCUUCCAAGCGGAUCUAGAACGGGCAGGUCAGCCGCUAGAGGCGGUAGCCGCUAUGGGUGCAGCAUCGGAUCUCAAGAACUUCUACGACAAUCUUCACUUGUCACCACUUAAAGUCCAUGUAUCGUUUUCUCUGGGUGGAGCGAGCCAAUUGCCGACAUUCGUUGGUACUGUACUGCAGAGUAUCGGCGUAACCCUUACCGAUAUGAACGAUGUCGUCUUCAAGUUGUCGUACUACGAGAGAAACUACGAGUUCCUCUCGCAAAAGGAGUUGAUAAGCCAAGUGCAGAGUCAUUACACGGGUCAAGCUCUCAAACAGCUGUACGUUUUGGUACUAGGAUUGGACGUCAUUGGAAACCCAUAUGGACUUGUUAUUGGACUUAAGAAGGGCGUAGAAGACUUGUUCUACGAGCCGUUCCAGGGUGCUAUCCAAGGGCCGGGUGAGUUUGCGGAAGGUCUCAUGCUAGGAGUCCGAUCUUUGGUGGGACACACAGUGGGUGGGGCCGCUGGGGCCGUGUCACGUAUCACCGGGGCCAUGGGGCAUGGACUAGCUGCUUUGUCUUUGGAUAAAGAAUACCAAAGAAGACGAAGAGACAAUAUCAACAAACCUCCCACUAACCUCCAAGAAGGUUUAGCCAGGAGUGGGAAAGGUCUUGUAAUGGGCAUAGUGGAUGGAGUGACUGGAGUAUUCACGAAGCCGAUAGAUGGCGCUCGUGAGGAGGGAUUUGAAGGGUUCUUCAAGGGCUUGGGUGUGGGGGCCGUGGGUUUAGUGGCUCGGCCUACAGCCGGAGUGGUGGAUUUCGCCUCUGGCUCCUUUGACGCCGUCAAAAGGGCAGCGGAUAUGUCUGAAGAGAUCACAAAACGUCGUGCGGCCAGGUACUUGCAGCCCGAUGCUGGCGUUAGACCGUACUCGCGCUUGCAAGCUGAGGGCUAUAAGAUGCUCUCUGAACUGGAAAAGGGCAAGUUUGUGAGUACGGAUACAUAUGAGGCUCACGUUUGGGUCAUCGCUGCCAAGGAGGUGGUCAUGUGUACGGAUAAAAGGCUGUUUUACCUCGAGAAGAACAAUGUGUUCGGUGGUUGGCAGAUCGUAUGGACGUACUUAUGGACCGAAAUACCAGAAAUACCUACAGCGGUUUCUAAAGGUGUAUACAUACCAACCGCUAAACGUAAAGUCCUAGGUAUGUUCCCAAGUUCGGGGUCCGGCAAAGUCAUCUUCCUAUACGACGAGCAGCAAAAGAAGUACCUGUUGGCUCAGUGCGAACGGCUCAUGGCCGCGGCUCGUUGACAUGAGGACGUAGAAAGAAUAACGCCGACCGAAUGGCUGGCACAAUUCUUUCUACUGAUAUUUGAUUUUCGCACCGUACUGCUUGCCACAGCUUAUCACUUCAAUAUUCACCAUUUGACGCCUAAGGGCUUCCGCUGAACUAAUCAUUCGUAUUGUUAAAGCAAUUCUGAAUUGUGUAAUAAACCACAAAGCGAUAAUAUAUGAAUUUCUUUGUGAUAUUGUAUAACGAGCUCUUGCUUAAAGUCCGUCUGGUUCGAAAUUCAAAUGUCAGCUGUCAAAUUAUUUUUUACUAUGACAAUUAAUAGAAGUAAAAAUUUGACAGUUUGUAUGAGUUUGACUUUCAUGACAAAUGUUUAAAAUAAAGUUAUUUAAAGCCGAUAUUUACUUUACUUUGUGUAUGAUGUAGAUAUCGGAUCGGGACUACUCAGGUGCUGUCAAAUACUUGUUCUGAAUUGUAUAUUAAAUAUAUAAAGUUGUUUAGAAUCUUCAAAUUAUAUCGUAGAAUAUUUUUUCAAAUUAUAUAUAG